GAGCAAAGCACACAUUACUUACCUGUUGUCUCCAGGCAAGUUCAAUAUAAACAAAGAUCAUAAGUCACAGAACAAUCAUACAGAAGCUUUUCGUUAUUCAGAGACUUUUGAGAAAACUUACAAGAAAGGAUGUCUACAAAUUUUCAAGAAAAAGAAUGCAAAAAAGAUUUUCCACUGCUGGAUGGGUCUCAUAACUUUGAUGAAAAAGAAUGCAGAAAGCAAUUUACACAACUUGAUACGGACGACUCUGGUUAUCUUAAACCAGGUGAAAUAUAUGAAGUAUGUAAAAGCUUGAACAUAAAUGUUACACUAGAAAAAUGCAAUCAGCUUGUGGCUGCAUAUGAUACAUCAGGUGAUGGGCAGCUCAGCUGUGAUGAAUUUAUUGCAGCCAUGCAACCACGUCCUAAAUAGCAAGAGAAGAAAAUGACCACUCGCAUAGCGGCUACUUUCACCACAACAAAAAAGGAAAGGAAAGGAAAAACUCUGCACUAAACAAACCUGUGUUAAUCACAAACUCUUAACAAUACAAAAAGGGUUUUGAUCAAUGUAGUAACUGCUUUCAACUGUCACAGAUGCUUCUAAAAUGCCAUUAUGCCUGAUAACUUCAAGAGAAUAAUUAUUACUUCACAAGAAUAUUUAAUUAGGGUGUAGCUCAAAACAUUGUGAGAAAUAAUUUUAAAAUUAAAUGCAUGCAGCCUUGUUUUACAUGCUAAAUAACAUUAGUCAUUAUCUGACUGAGCCCAUAGUUAAAAAAAUAUUUCAAAAAUUGCUUGGUGUACUUAUCAUUCAUUAUAUUUAUGCCAGUAAAGUUAAAUUUGCUGCCCCAUGAAGAUUAAUAUGCAUAACUAAUCAUAUCAUUGCAUUAAAGCAAUUAUUUUGCUCAGUCUUAUAAUUUUCCUUGCAAGUUUCAUUAUGAACUGUGCUUACUCCUUUCUUGUUUUUCUUAUAUUUAUACAAGCUAAGAUGUAUUACUUAUAUGUACACGGACUGAUGGUGUAGAGAUACUGAUGAUGUAAUCUUCCAUUUCAGCAUAGAUCAUUAUUUAUUUCAUUUUUGUUAUUUUGCAGGUAAUCAUAAUUUAAACUUCCAUCUGGUUAUAAAUCAUUAGGCAUUUUCUGUGAACAGUUUUGGAUGGAAAUCUUUUCUCUAAGCAUUUGUUAUUUACCUGCCUUCUGUAUGAGAGUUAUCCUUUGCUGCUAUAAAUGUUUAAUGUGAGAAAACAAUAAAUUGCUCCAUGAA